AACAUUGCUACAUAUAAACUUCUUGGCACCUUUAUUUAUGGUUCUGCUGUGGGUAAAACCAAUCACUAAGGACUACAUUAUGAACCCACCUUUGGGCAAAGAGAGCAUCCCUUUAAUGUCAGAAGAUACAUUUGACACCGUGAGGUUGUGGAUUAUAAUCCUGUUGUGUGCUUUACGGUUGGCUAUGAUGCGUCAUCAUUUACAGGCCUAUCUGAAUUUAGCCCAGAAAAGUGUGGAUCAGAUGAAAAAGGAAGCUGGCAGAAUAAGUAUGGUUGAUUUACAGAAAAUGGUGGCUCGGGUAUUCUAUUAUCUUUGUGUAAUUGCACUGCAGUAUGUUGCACCCUUGGUAAUGCUCCUUCACACAACUCUGCUCUUGAAAACACUAGGUAAUUAUUCUUGGGGCAUCUACCCGGAACUGAAUUCUGACACUCCAGUAGAAAACAGUCUGCUUCCCAGUUCAGUUUAUUCUGAGUCUCCACCUGCUGAUGGAAAGAUGAAAGUAACUGUAUUACAAAUAACAAUGGCUUUGGGGAGCCUAAAGAAUAUUUUCACUCCUCUCCUGUUCCGGGGACUCCUGUCUUUCCUCACGUGGUGGAUUGCUGCUUGCCUCUUUUCUACAAGCCUUUUUGGGCUUUUCUAUCACCAGUACCUGACUGUGGCGUGA